UGCAGAGUGCAAGACUGAAUGAGGAAGUAACGUGAAAACUCAAAAUACAAGGUCUGCUAUGCAGGAUCCUUAGGACGUCCCUAUCCCAUUGAAGUUGAUAUUUAAACGGGUUACGGUAAGGUUUAGGUUGUGAGUUAAAGUUGAGUGUUUAUGGGCGUCCCAAGGAUACCGGAUUGCACUGACCAUAUAUUUCUGCCAGGAAGAGAGACGGAAUCAAUGCGGAAGAUAAAAGCGUGUGUCUUCGGUUAACACUGUCGACGAGAUGUGAGCUAAGGAAAGGGGUUCCCCAAAACACCAGUCAGCAAAUUGGACCGCCGAUGACGACCGCCUGAAACGUCUCGUUUUUAUCGGACAGUGGCCGAAACAGAUGAAAACCUAUUGCAGUAUUGCACAAUAUUUAAUACACUGAGACUUGGACUCAAAAAUAGUAGGCCUACUGUAUUGAGAUGGCCACGUUUGAUUGACAGCGGUUAAAUUCAAUCGUAGCGCCGUACAAUUUUGAUAACACCGCGUCGGUUGUGUACACGCUCACAUUCAUCAGUCGAAUGCCGAAGGAGAGAGAGAAGAGGAGAAAGGCCUCCAAGGAGGCAGGGCUGUCUGGCGCUGGUAUUAGUGAUGGGUUCGUUAAAGAGCGCAGAACAAGCCGCAGAGCAUCUGAGCUUCGCGAUGAACUCUGCCAGGUGAAAGAAGUAAAGUUAUCUGAGUUUAACACCACUCAAGUGCAAACUAGUAUGAUGGAGGCGCUCCGUGUACCGCAGGUGACAAUAACCCCAGAUGGAGGCUGCUCGCGGGAGAUCCAGCAGGAGGACUGGGCUGAUGUGGAAGGCUCUCUGCGACGGAAAUUGUCAAACUCCUCGAUCUCCUCAACAGGUUCCUCCAUCAUGUUGGAAGAGUCAGAGGAUGACAUUCUGAGUGACAACGAGACAAAGAGCAAGGGCAAUAUUACUUUAGAACAUUUGUGUGAGGACACGAGUGAACAGAGCAAACCCUGGUGGAAGAUAAAGACUAUUGUCAACUGGCCUUUUGUUUCCCCACAAAGAAGAAACCUGUCCUGGGUUCAACUAGCUGGACACAAAGGUAAUUUCAAAGCUGGCGGCGAAGGCACCAUUCUGAAGAAGUUCUCUGAGAAUGAGAAGCUGUGUUUUGAGAGGCUGCAGGGAGACGUUCUCCAGGACUUUGUACCAGGAUAUUAUGGUGUGGUGGAGAGGGAUGGGGAUCCCUUCCUACAUAUGACUGAUCUACUAGUCAACUUUGAUAGACCCAGUGUCAUGGACUGCAAGAUGGGAGUGAGGACGUAUCUGGAGGAGGAGGUGGUGCGAGCCCGAGAGCGGCCUAAGCUCCGUAGGGACCUGUUUGACAAGAUGCUGGAGGUGGACAGUGAGGCCCCCAGCCCCCAGGAGCAACUCCAGAGGGCCGUCACCAAACCCCGCUACAUGCAGUGGAGAGAGACCCUCAGCUCUACACACACACUGGGCUUCCGCAUCGAAGGAAUCAAAAAAGCUGACGGGACGUGUCAUACGGAUUUCAAGAAGACCCGGUCUAAGGAGGAUAUCACUCAGAUCUUCAGGGACUUUGCCACAAACAACACAAACAUACUAAAUUCCUACCUGAGUAAACUAGCAAAAAUUCAACAAGCCCUGAUGUCAUCGGAGUUCUUCAAGAGACACGAGGUGAUUGGGAGCUCCCUCCUCUUCAUUCAUGACCACACUGACCGAGCUGAGGUUUGGCUCAUUGACUUCGGCAAGACUACAGCUUUACCAGAGGGACAGACUCUGGACCACUCCAUACCCUGGCAGGAGGGCAACCGAGAGGACGGAUACAUGUGGGGACUGGACAACCUGAUGAGGACACUGGGCUCUUUGACUAACAAAGGAACUAGUGAAGGAAGUAAUGAGUGCCUUUAAGCUAUGACCACCUGGGAGGGAUUGGACUACCCCAUUCCAGUAGUUAGAGGACCCUGGCAGUAAUAUACAGUCUCAAGGGUCCCCUCAAUCACAAAGUAUACAUACUGUGUAAAUCAAACUUCCAGCUUAUUCAGCACAACAAAUUGUAUCUCAGCGUAUUGUUGAAGCUAUUGUAGCAUGGAGAUAAGGGAUUGCGUUUUUUAAAGUAUGUCUGUGCCUUGUGAACAAACUAUACAUUUUAGGGGAAUUUUAAUGAAUACAAAAUGAAUGAACAGACACAAACCUGUGAUUGUAAUGCCUGUAUAUUCUAGAAAGCCAUACAAUACUAUCGAUGUAAGGGACAGUAUUGCGUAGAAAUCCAACCCAUUCCAUAUUUCAAGGUGUCAUUAAAUUUGAUUGAUUUCAGUUUUUGAUAAUCAAGCAUGUUCCAUUUUAUUUUUUUUUGUUUUCAAACUUUAUUGAAGACAUUAGGCAUACUGUAUUCUAAUACAGUUACUUACACCAGUGCGUCUUUAGGAUCAUCUCAUUAUAAGUAUUGUAUUAUGACAGUCCAUGAGACUAACCUCAGAAAAACACUAUUGCCUUGUCCCAAUGAGUUAGAAAUGGUUGUGUAUUGGGAGGUUUUUCAUAUGUACAAGUAAAAAAAUGUCUUGCUGUAUUAUAAAACACUUAUCAAAACACAAA